AUGUCUGAAAGCAAAGGGGCAGAGGAGACGAAUCAGCCUGUUGUCACCGUGGAUUCCUCAAACAUCAUCAAAGUGACUGUGAAGACUCUCAAGCAGAAGGAGCAGUUUGAGGUGGCUCAGAGCAGCACCAUCCAGGAGUUUAAAAUAGAAGUUGCCAAGCGUUUCAAAACACUCCCUGGUCUGCUGGUCCUGAUAUUUGCUGGGAAAGUCCUCAAGGAUCAAGACACUUUGAGCCAGCAUGGAGUUCACAGUGGGGUCAGCAUUCAUGUGGUCAUCAGGCCCCAAAAGAGACCACAGGACAGCCCGGCAGAUCAAGGAGGAAGGACCACUCUGUUGCAACCUCCCAGCCACAGCCUGGAUCUGAACACCAUCAACAACAAUGCAUUUUUGCUAGGGUUCCUCCUUGGGGUGACAGGUGUUUAUCUCCUAGGCCUAGACUCAACAGACGUGAUGGACCUGAUGAGUAGCAUUCAAGAACAGGAUGUGCACAGCUUGAUAAGUGAGAUGGUGCAGAGCAACCUUGACAGUGUCGAUCUUGUCAGGGAUCUCAUCAUGUCCAACCCUCGGAUGCAGCAGCUGGCUGAAGAAAAUCCCGAGAUCGGUCAGAUUCUCACCAACCCCUGUACUAUCAGAGAAAUAUUAGAGGCCUCCAACAGUCCUGCCGUAAUGCAAGAGAUGAUAAGGAACCGUGAUGUGGCCAUGAACAACCUCGAAAGCAUCCCUGGUGGGUACAGUGCUCUGGAGCAGUUGUACAGGGAAUUUGAGGAGCCAAUCUUGGAUGCUGUACAGGCACAGCUGGGCAACAACCCGUUUGAUUCCUUGGACAGUAACCCACCCCUGAGUGGAGCCAGGCUACCAGCCCACACUGAAAACCGGAGGCCAUUACCCAACCCUUGGGCUCCGCGAUCCAACAGAGUCCGCGAUAAUGCAGAUGAUGAUGAUGAUGAGCUUGCCAGCAGCAGUGUAGGCGACAGUUUUGCCUCGCCGAGUUUGGCUCCUGCAGCAGAUGCAGUGGUACCCAACUCGGGGGAGGUUCAGAGCAUGGUUCGGCAGCUAACAGGAAACCCAGAACUCAUGCACAACCUGGAGUGUGCGUUAACAAACCCCGACAGCCCAGCACGAAUGCUGCUGAAUAGCGCUCGUCUAUCAAGCGAUAGGAAUUCUCUGCCUGAAGAUCAAUGGGCACAGCAGCUGCCACUGGAGAUGGAGGACACUGAGAUUUCGUCCUUGCUGAGAAACCCCAGAGCAUUGCGGGCGUUGCUGCAGAUCCAGCUGGGAUUACAGACCCUCUCAGUAGAAGUACCAGAUUUCAUACAUAGUUUGGAGGACUCACCUGUGGAUCUGGAAAGCAUGGAUGACUCGGCACAAAGCAGUGAGUCUGAGGAGGAGGCAAUUUUGGUGUCAGACGAGGAGGAAGAAGAAAAUCAGAUGGCGAUGGUUGACAAGGUGCCACAGACCAGAUUUAAGAGACAAAUGGAGCAGCUCAGUGCCAUGGGCUUCCAGGACCAAAGUGCAAACUUGCAGGCACUGAUUGAUGCAGAAGGAGACAUCAGUGCAGCAGCGGAGAUACUGGCAAAAGGACCAUCAUCAAAUGAGAUACCGUAA